GGAACCGCGGCGCCCAGCAGGCCUCGGCGCACCGUUGCAGGGCAGCGAAGGCGGUAUGUGCGACGGCCCGCCCCGCAUCUCGGGGCCCAUCCCUCCAGACCCUACGCUCUGCCCUGACUACUACCGGCGGCCGGCCUCGGCCCUAGGUCGCCUUGAGGGAAACGCGCUGAAGCUGCACCUGCUGACAUCGGACCUUGACUUGGACGCCACCCCUCCGCGCGGCCCGCGCAUGAAUCCCGGAGCCAGAGAGAUUCUGGAGCGUGGCCGGAGUGGCGUCGGGGGCAUGCUGCUGCAGCUCAGGGGCAUCUCCCUAGGCCCAGGAGCCUCUCCCAAGAGGAAGGACCCUAAAGACCAUGAGAAGGAAAACCUGAAGCGGAUCAGGGAGAUCCAGAGGCGUUUCCCGGAGCAGGAGCACAGCCGGGAGCAGGGCCAGCCCAGGCCCCUGAAGGCUCUGUGGCGCUCGCCCAAAUAUGAUAAAGUGGAGUCCCGGGUCAAGGCCCAGCUGCAGGAGCCCAGACCUGCAUCUGGAACAGAGCCUGCCCACUUCCUGCGGGCACACUCCCGCUGCGGCCCUGGGCUCCCACCCCCUCGUGUCCCCAGUCCUCAACUAACCCCAGCAGGCCCCAGUGCUAAGGGGCCAAGCCUGGGUGUGGACUUCAUUAGCCACAAUGCCCGCGCUGCCAAGAGGGCCCCCCGGGGGCAUUCCCGCUCACUGCAGGUCCUGGCACAAGUGCUAGAGCAGCAACGGCAAGCCCAAGAGCACUACAACGCCACGCAGAAGGGCCAUGUGCCCCAUUACUUGUUGGAACGCAGAGAUCUGUGGCGACGGGAGGCUGAGGCCUGCCAGCAUAGUCAGCCGGACCCUGCCAUGCCCCCUGGCCACACUCGCAUGCCGGAGAACCAGCGGCUAGAGACACUGAGCAAUCUGCUCCAGAGCCAGAGCCAGUUGCUACGUGAGCUAGUGCUGCUGCCUGCUGGGGCCGAGGGCUGAAGGCCCAGGGCCAUA